AUGAUUGGGAUCGAACCCUGGACCUCCAUGUCUGGGGCGCCAUGCUCCAACCUUGGACUUGUUCCCAGGGAUAUGCAUGGUAGUAUCCCUAUUAGCACUACAAAUUCCUCUGGGCCAAGCAUUGGUGUUAGCUCUUUGGUGACGGAUGCUAACUCAUCGCUCUCCGGAGGUGCCCAGUUGCAGCCAAGUACGAGCAUGAAUGCUGAUUCAUUCAUGCGCCUUCCUGCUUCCCCAAUGUCGUUUUCAUCCAAUAACAUCUCUGGAUCUUCAGUUAUUGAUGGUCCCAUUGUGCAACAAAGUCCUCCCCAAGAGCAGAUGCAGAAGCGAAGGUCUUCUAGUGUAACAUCACAACCUGUUAUUGAUGCUGCUGGUGCAUUGCAUGCUCAGAAGAAGUCAAGGGUUGAUAUUAGGCAAGAUGAUAUCCUGCAACACAAUUUAAUCCAGCAACUGCUCCAAGGCCAGAGUUCUCUUCAUCUGCAGGGUCAACAGAACCCUCAGAUUCAAGCCUUGAUCCAUCAGCAUAAACUGGCACAGAUUCAGCAGCAACAGCAGCAUCAGAUGUUGCAACCAUUUUCACAGAUCCAACAAUCUCAAGUUGGCAUACCUCGGCAGCCACAGUUGAGGCCUCCACUAGCGCAGCCUGGAAUGCAGCUAGCUGGACCUGUUAGGACUCCUGUCGAGAAUGGGCUUUGUUCUCGAAGGUUAAAGCAAUACUUAUACCAUAAGCGUCACCGACCAGAGAAUAAUCCAAUAACAUACUGGAGGAAGCUUAUUGAUGAAUAUUUUGCACCACGAGCAAGAGAAAGAUGGUGUGUAUCCUCGUAUGAGAAAAGAGGAAAUCCUUCAGGUGCUGUUCCACACACAGCUCCGGAUUCAUGGCGCUGUGACAUUUGUAAUACACAUGGGGGCAAAGGAUAUGAGGCUACCUAUGAAAUACUUCCUAGACUCUGUCAAAUUAGAUUUGACCAUGGUGUUAUAGAUGAAUACUUAUUCCUUGACAUGGCCAAUGAAUUCCGGUUGCCCAAUGGACUAAUGCUGCUGGAACAUACUAAAGUUGUUCAGAAAAGCAUUUAUGAACAUAUGCAUGUGAUACACGAGGGGCAGUUGAGAAUCAUAUUCACACCAGAACUGAAGAUAAUGUCCUGGGAGUUCUGUUCACGGCGACAUGAUGAGUAUAUCACUCGCAGGUUUCUUUCACCCCAGGUUGCUCAUCUGCUGCAAGUUGCCCAGAAAUAUCAAACUGUUGCCACUGAAAGUGGUCCAGCUGGGGUCUCAAACAGUGAUGCACAGAACAUUUGCAACAUGUUUGUGACGGCGUCACGACAGCUAGCGAAAAAUAUAGACCACCACACCUUAAAUGAGCAUGGUCUAUCUAAAAGAUAUGUUCGCUGCUUGCAGAUAUCAGAGGUGGUGAAUCACAUGAAAGACCUGAUUGAAUUCAGCCACAAGAACAAGCUUGGUCCUAUAGAGGGUCUGAAGAGCUAUCCCAAGCAAACUGCAGCAAAACUUCCAGUACAAAACAUGCACGAGCCAAAGCAACUAAUGGCAGCUGCUGGCCUUCCUAAUGACCAGACUAACCUCAAAGCCAUGGGUGUCAAAACAGAAAUGAACACCCAUGCGAAUGAGACGCACGGUAUUGGACCAAUUGGAAAUGGUCCGCAGAAUGCUGCUGCACUUAACAAUUACCAGAAUCCCAUUGGAAAUGGUCUGCAGAAUGCUGCUGCACUUAACAAUUACCAGAAUAUCCUUAGAAGUUCAGUCGCAAACCAGAGUUUGCUUCAGCAGGAGGCAUCAAGCAUGUUUAAAGGUCCCACAGCAAUGCACAAUGGCAUUCAGCUGGAAGCAUCUAGAUCCUUCCGUGGACCAAACCAGGUGCAUCUCGCGCAGUUCCAACAUCCGGCCUCAUUUCAGCAGCCUAUGCCUCAGCAGAGCAGCCUCCAGGGCUUGGGUGUGAGCCCACAAUAUCAGCAGCAUGUGCUCCAUCAGUUGCUGCAAGAGGCCAAGAACACUAACAACCGUGUCUUGGCGCAGCAGCAGCAGCAACAACAACUUCAACAUGCUCCUGCUAACAGUGGUCUUGCAUCAGGAGGAACGGCUAUCACCGGCAGCGCCGCUAGCGGGGAUCAUAUGAAUAACAACGGCGCGGUGAAGGGUGGGACUCCAAUGGUUACAACAGGUCCUAGCAGUGUGAUCAACAAUACAGCCAGCAUCCUCCCCAGCAGAAGUAACAGCUUCAAGUCAGUGAGCAGCAACCCCCAAGUUGCAGCUGCUGCGGGCGGCGGCAUUGGCAGCGGCGGCCAUGCGGCUACCCCCAAGGCUGAUGCUCUGCAUGAGUUGGAUGAUCUUGACAAUCUUGGGAAUCUGAUCAGUACUGAACUGGAGGAGAGUGGGCUGUUCCUGGGUGACCAGGCAGGUGGUGGCUACUCAUGGAACAUGUGACAAAUGCUUGCCUGCUUGGCUUCUUGGUGAUGAUGGAAACUGCCGUAGAUUCUAGCUUCUCGUCUUGUUCUUUUUUGUUUUGGGUAUGUGGAGUUUUUGUUUGGGGUGUCUGAAACAGUUUCUGAUGAUGAUGAUACACUGAUGUAAUUUAAGCGUUAUGUGCGCUGGUAAGUGAGUUGGCUUGGAAUGCUGAGAUCGAACCAGAGCUGCUUCUGCUAGCACACAUCGAGGCCCAUCAUACUGCUGAAUGACAACGUCUGGCGAUUACUAUUAUUUACUUUAGUGGUAGUACUAUUAUUUUAAUUUUUGUAUCUUUAUAAUGCCAUAUGAUUGUCGAUUCAGCGAAGAAAUUUUUAUAGUAGGAUUUACUCCAAAAUCCUGGAAUGGAAGGAUUUUGCACGAGUUUUCUGGGAUUUGAAAUAGUUCCUGAAAGAAAAAACCCGCCUGUAAUCUGCUGUAUACAGAGUUUUUGAUUUUCGACUAUGUUUAAUUCAGGUCAGGUUGGAAGGGUUUUAUUCCA